CAGCCAUCCCUAUCUCAGCCUUACUCGCAUCGUUAUCCGGCGACGGCGCGACACACGUGGACAAGCAUCUUCCCUUGUGACGUCUGCCCGCGUGGCUGAAGCUUGUCUGCUAUCCAGUCAUUUCCGGGCUCCCGUCACCAUCAUCCCACCUUUAGCGCAGGCUUGCUUAUUGUACACCGCAUUAUGAUACCUCGGUCCUGAAUAUCUUCUUCUUUUCUUGUACUCUUCUCCUGCAAUUUUUCACGAUUGUGUGCAACGAUAUCCUCAAGCUCGACUCGCUAUGCCACUCUUCACGAAUCCUUUUCCGCGUCUCCGCAGCAAUCACAGACACAAUGUACAAACGCUCAAAGCGCAACCACUCGCGGAACUCUCAGGCUCGCUCGGAGAUCUUGGGACUCUGCUACCACUAAUGACAGCUUUGGUUAUCACGAAUUCGAUCUCAUUACCCUCAACUCUACUGUUCACUGGAGCAGCCAAUGUAUUCACCGGCAUCGCAUUCGGGAUACCGCUACCAGUGCAGCCCAUGAAAGCUAUAGCGGCGGUCGCCGUAGCACGGAAGUUUACGCUGGAAGAGAACGCAGCUGCUGGGCUGGUCGUAGCAGCUUUGGUGGGAUUAUUCAGCAUUACAGGACUCAUCAACUGGGCGAACCGAGUCACGCCAAUCCCGGUCGUGAAGGGCAUCCAAGUUGGGGCAGGCUUAUCACUCUGCCUAAGCGCUGGAACAACGAUGCUCAAACCUCUUGAAUGGACAGGGCCGUGGUGGGGUGACAACUUGCUCUGGGCAAUCGCCGCAGUCCUGUUUCUACUGGCCACAUCCGCAUACCCCAAACUCCCAUAUGCUCUCAUAGUAUUCACAAUCGGCAUCAUUUUCUCCGCCCUCGGACCAGCGAGCCCAAAGCCAAUAAACCCAAGUACUUCAAUCCCUAUCCUGCACCCCUCAGCCCACGACUUUUGGCACGCAACCUCCACCGCCUCGCUCGGCCAACUCCCCCUCACAAUCCUCAACUCCGUCAUCGCCGCCUCAGCACUAGCUUCCGACCUGCUCCCCUCACCACCCUACCCCCCGGCGCCCUCCGUAACCUCCCUCGGCAUCUCAGUCGCCGCGAUCAACCUCGCAGGCUGCUGGUUCGGCGCAAUGCCCGCAUGCCACGGCUCCGGCGGUCUGGCGGGCCAAUACCGUUUCGGCGCACGCAGCGGCUCAUCCAUCGUCUUCCUCGGCCUAGUCAAGCUCCUGCUUGGCAUCCUUGCGUCCUGGAACGGCGAGACCAUCGUCGCUUUGCUGGCCGGGAUCCCAAAAUCUCUUCUUGGCGUGCUGGUACUAGUCGCGGGCGUCGAACUCGCGAAGGUAGGUGAGAGCGUGAAUACCGAUGCGCGGGACUUGAGGGAGCAAGAUGGUGAGCUGCCGUGGGAUGGAAAGAGAGUUAAGGAGUUGAAUGAGCGGGAGAGGAAGGAAAGAUACAUGGUGCUGCUGGUCACUGUUGCGGCUAUUCUGGCUUUCAAGAAUGAUGCUGUAGGCUUCAUCACGGGGCUUGUCUGGCACUGGGGUCUUCAGGGCGCAAGGAGACUGGAGAUGUGGAGAGAUGAGAGGAGUGGACGGCCAUUCUGGAUACAUGCAGAGCACAGCAGGCAUGAGCGUACAGGAUUGCUUGCGCAGGAGGAGAGCGAUACUGUUGCUUAAGCGUUGGUGCGAUGAGCAUUUUGGAGCAUUUCGACAAGCGUUUGGCGGCAUAGCGGUUGGUAGGCGUUUGUGACUCACGGCACGGGCAGUAGUUAUGAAUGAUUUGUUUGCAUUGUGAUGGCACCCUGUUCAACUACCCUACAAAGUCGACGAAUCACAAAAAGGGCUUUCCACUAGCUUCAC